AUGGAAUCUCUGCCACAGACACACCUCAUCGACGGUGAAUCCACCCCGACUGUAAUGGAGAGUUUGGAGGUCUCAAGCUCUGAAGAGCAUACACCUAGCGAUACGGCAAAUAUGCCUCAUUGCGUCAUCCAGUUGAUCCAAUGCCAACAAUGUUCCCGCCCUUUGAAAAGUCCGCUUCGUCUACCAUGCGGUAACUCAGUCUGUCGGGAAUGUUUACCCGCAUUUCGGCCGCGGACGGGUAUCACUUACCCUGUGGCUGAGGGGAGGGACCAGGAAUUUACAUGCUUUUGGAAAGGAAACGAGGCGUGUGUUGGGGACCACUGUGUUGGAGAUUGUGGCGCUGACGUGUUGCUUGGGAAGCUGGUUGAUGUUUUCGGAGAAAUACUGGGGUCAGAGGCAAACAAUGUACCUCGAGAUUGGUCCGAGAAUGAUGGACCAUUACUGCAGUGGAAAAAGGAUGGACAGAAUCAGGAAGGCCGAUUUCCGUCUGGUGCAUGUGAGGUCAUUUAUGGAGAUUCCACAACCCCAGCCGGAGGUAUAGAAGAGCAGGAUCUCAUUCACUUCCAAACGCUGCGAGACAGCCUCCGCGCCGAAUUAGACUGCCAAGUUUGCUACGCACUCGUUCUGGAUCCGAUGACCACGCCUUGCGGCCACACUUUCUGCCGGAAAUGUGUCGCACGGGUCUUGGACCAUACCGAUCUGUGUCCUAUCUGUCGCCGAAAGCUAGGCAUGCCGAAUGAUCUCCAAUCAGAGCCUAUAAACCAGACCGUAGCGCGGCUGAUCGACCACCUUUUUCCUGACCAGAUCUCAGUCAGGCGGGAGACCAGCGCCCAGGAUGAGACAGGCCUGGAUCAUGAGAAGAACUUACCGCUUUUUGUGUGCACGCUAGCAUUCCCGACGAUGCCGACUUUUCUUCAUGUCUUUGAGCCCAGAUACCGACUUAUGAUUCGGCGGGUUCUCGCAAAUGGAAACGGAAAGUUUGGCAUGGUCAUGUACAAUCGACAAGGCCGGGCACAGAUAGGUCAAAUGCGUGACGCACCGUUCAUGCAAUACGGAACGCUCUUGACAAUCGAACGAUGCGAGCUGCUUCCAGACGGUCGCAGCCUUGUGGUGGCUACGGGUGUGUCACGGUUCAAGGUUGUCGACUCGGGAAUUCUGGAUGGCUAUUAUGUUGCCAAAACGGAGCGCGUAGAUGAUAUCUCGCUUGCAGAGGAAGAGCGGCUUGAGUCAACAGAGACCUCAGGAGACGGUGUAAUUGCUCUACCAGGGGUGAAUGAAUCAGAACGUCCGCUAGACUCAAUGCCAACUCAACAGUUACUCCUCUUGGCAAGGGAGUUCAUCAGCAACCAGCACAGAUCAGGGGCCCCUUGGCUGCACCCGCGCGUCAUGUUAGCAUAUGGACCCAUUCCUAUAGAUGCAGCCCGCUUCCCAUGGUGGUUUGCGAGCAUUUUGCCCAUCUCCGAAGAAGAGAAAUAUCCAAUACUUGCCGCUACAAGUGUUCGAGAGAGACUCAAAGUUUCGGCAAAAUGGGCGAGACAGCUCGAGGCUCGAAACUGGUCUACUCUCUUCGCCUCGAUAUCGCCGAAUGUAUUCACAUCCUUAACACCAUUUUCUUUCUCGGUCUCGGUCUCGUUUGGUGGCUCUGGUCUUUCGUAUCCUGGUGUUAGCUCACAACUUUUCAACAAGCGUGAACAACCCAGCGACAAUCGCCAACCAGAAAAGAAGAAUGAAGCAUAUAUCCAUCAGGGAUUCGUGAUUGCCACCUUCUUGGCGAUCUUCUUCGCCCAGGUUGGUCUUCACUUUCUGCAUGCUGUUCGAACCAGAAGACGCAGACGACGAUUUCUGGAAAUGCAAUUUCCGCGACCCUUACCCCAACAGGAUCGGCAGCAAGACCCUGGGAUCAAUACGAAUGCUACAGAGGAAAGUACACGAGAUGAUGCAGAGGGACGCCCCAUCACAGGAAACGCUCCUGGCGUUGGGUAG